AUGGCUCUUGGUUUGCCACCCGUUUCCGUGGGGCUCAAGGCAAUAGCCCCAUUCCUCCAGCGCGCGGAAGAACUCGUUGAACGAGAACCCGUUAUCGCCUAUUGGUGUGCAUACUACGCAGCCCAAGUGGGCAUCUCACUCAAGGCCAAGGAUGCUGCAUCUCGCACACUCCUCUUUGGUCUCCUUACAGCACUCGAACGUCUCAAGAACGAGAUCGGUCCAAAUGAUGCGAUAGAUAUGGAAGCUGCAAGUGCAGCAUACGUCGAAAACUUCGCCUUGAAAGUCUUCAAGAUGGCUGAUGACGAAGACAGAGCGGGCAGAGCGAACAAGUCUACAGCGAAAAAGUUCCUUGCUGCUUCAAAUUUCUUCGAAGUGCUCAAGAUUUUUCCCAAGUCAGAAGUCUCAGAAGCAACAGAAUCCAAGCUGCGAUAUGCGCAGUGGAAAGCAGCAGAUAUUGCCAAGGCCUUCCGAGAAGGGCGCAAGCCAAAUCCGGGCCCUGCAGCACCCAAGGUAGAUCCGGAGCUUGUCACUGCGGAACUAGCUGCUCCCUUGCACCCCCAACGUCCACAGAACCACUCUCUUCUGUCUCACAACCUCCUACCACACCGCCCAAAACAUUCCGUGAUCCCUCUCCGUCAACGGCGGCAUUCCCCUCCACCUCAGUUACCCGCUGCUGACAUCACCCGAGCAAAUGAUGUCCCGAUAUACGGUGAUGGACGGCGAGAUGAGGAGGUGCUCACUCCAGGGCGGUGGAGCACGACCGCUACGCCUGGUUAUGAGUUAACUCACGAGCAUGCCUUAGAGGGUAUCGCGGAGCAAGACGAAAUCUCGCAAAGAUCGACGCCGAUUUCCGGCUCGCCGCCUCGAGCUACAGUUGGGCGGGCACAACCACCGUCGACUUCACCUCCUCGCCGGCAUUCGCCCCGAUUGGAUGUCACGCUGCCUCCAGGUUUCGUGCCCACUGGUCCGCCAGUCCCCGAAUAUGCAACCCCCUGUAUGGUAGACACCCGUGACGGCAUUGCAGAAACAUUCGUAUCUCCUGUUUCACCGGUUGCUUUGCCAUCCCAUCCUAUACAUGCCGCCGUUCUGCCACCGCUACCACCUCCUGUGCCGGCAUCGGAGCUGUCUCCAUCCAUGGUAGCAAUGGCUCAGAAACAUUGUCGGUUUGCGAUAUCAUCGUUGGACUACGAGGAUGUGGAGCAGGCUCGCAAGGAGUUGCUUGUCGCAUUGGGUUUGUUGGGGGGACUACGUCCGCAGUACGAAAAAGCGGAUUGA